GGCUGGUCUGAGACUCCGCUGCACGCGCGAUAUCGGCUCGAGGAGAAAAAAAUCCGACAGACGCACUUCACUCCUUCCUCACUGCAGGCUGCCUGUGCCCGGCUCUCCGCCCGACGCCCUCCCGCCUCCCGCCUCCCCGCCGCGUCUCCUCUCCGGCUCCAGAGCCAAACGGAGGAGCGUCUGCCCCUGGAAAUAUCCUCCGUUCUCCUCGACUGCAUGGGAGGAAGGGGAAUCUGACCUUGGAAAAUGAAGAUGCUGUUGCCAUGGGAACUGUUAAUCCUUCUGUCACUCAAAGAGUGCCUUGCUGAGAAUACGCGCCAUGGUCCCGUCUUCACCCAGGAGCCUAGUGACAGUAUUUUCCCCUUAAGCACCGACGAUAAGCAGGUGUUUAUUAACUGCAAAGCAAAGGGGAACCCACCUCCUCAUUAUAGGUGGAAAAUGGAUGGGGGAGAAAUAAACACACAGUCCGAUCCUUACUACAGCCUUGUGGAGGGGAACCUGUUGAUCAAUAAUCCACACGUCGUCAAUCACGGAGGAGUGUACCAGUGCAUCGCCACCAACACUUUUGGGACCGUUGUCAGCAGAGAAGCGAAGGUCCAGUUUGCUUUUCUGCAGAAUUUCAGCAGAAAGCCGAGGAACACGGUGUCGGUGAGGGAGGGUCAAGCCGUGGUUCUGCUCUGCGGCCCCCCGCCCCAUUAUGGAGAGAUCAAAUAUUGGUGGUUUUUCAACGGGCAGCGGAGCUUCCUGCAGCAGGACGCCCGCCGCUUCAUCUCCCAGAGGACGGGCAACUUGUACGUAGCCAAAGUCGAAGCCUCGGACGCGGGGAACUACACGUGUGCGGUGAGGAACGUGAUGACCAACGCCACGGUUCUCAGCUCCCCGACCCCCGUGGUGGUGCGGAGAGACGCGGUGAUGGGUGAAUAUGAGCCAAAGAUCGAGGUCCAGUUUCCCGACACCCUCAGAGUCUCUAAGGGAUCGUCGGUGAAGCUGGAAUGCUUCGCCUUGGGAAACCCCGUGCCUUCCAUCUCUUGGAGAAGAGCCGAUGGAAACCCACUUCCUGGCAAGAUUAAAGUCAACCACUCCAGCGGGGUUCUGGAGAUCCCGUACUUUCGGCCGGAGGACGCCGGCGUGUACGAAUGUGUGGCCGCGAACAGCAAGGGACGGAACGUCGCCAGAGGCCAGCUCGUAUUCAACAAUGCUGAACAUCUGCACUGGGUCCAGACCCUAAAGGAUGCUCACAUGGCCAUCGAUGCUAAUCUGCAGUGGGAGUGUAAAGCCGUGGGUAAACCCAGGCCCACCUACAAGUGGCUGAAGAACGGCCAGCCGCUGGCGCCGGAGGGCAGGAUCCACGUGGAGGCGAGCAGGCUGACCAUAUCCAGGAUCAGCCUGUCGGACUCGGGGAUGUAUCAGUGCGUGGCCGAGAGCGAACACGGCGCCGUGUACGCGAGCGCUGAGCUCAAGGUUGUCGCGUCGCCGCCAAACUUCGCCCGGCGGCCCGUGAAGACGUCCACCGUGAUCCAGAGGGGGGGCGAGGCGGCGUUGGAGUGCCGCCCCCACGCCUCCCCCAGGGCCACCGUCUCCUGGUGGAGAGGCGGCGAACCGCUGAAGGACAGCGAGAGACGGAUAAUCACGGACGACGGGACGCUGCGCAUCACCAACAUCUCGGCGUCGGACGCAGGCAGGUACACGUGUUUGGCCAGAAACUCCUUUGGAACAUCCAGCAGCACGGGGACGCUGCUGGUUAAAGAGCCAACUAGGAUUGUCGUCCCGCCCUUGAGUGUGGACGCCGCCGUGGGCCAGAGCAUCGUGCUGCCCUGCGAGGUGUCCAGCGAUUCCUCCCUGGUUCCCAUCUUCAAGUGGUUCUUCAACGGGAAAGCCAUCGAUUUCAGCAGGCAGGAGCACUUUGAGAUGAUCGGGGGGGGAUUCGCAGGUGACCUGAUGGUGAGGAACAUUCAGCUGAAGCAUUCUGGGAAGUACGUGUGUGUGGUGCACACCGAAGUCGACACCGUCUCAGCAGCAGCCGACUUAAUUGUCAGAGGACCCCCCGGCGCCCCGGAGGGCCUGGCCGUGAGCGACAUCACCGACACCACCGUGCAACUUUCCUGGGGCGCCGGAGCAGACAAUCACAGUCCCGUUACCGUGUACGUGGUCCAGGCCAGGACCCCCUUCUCCAUCGGCUGGCAGACUGUGAGAACAGUUCCUGAUUCUGUGCCUGGACAGAUGAUUCAUGCAACAGUGAAAGACUUGAACCCCUGGGUGGAUUACGAAUUCAGGGUGGUGGCAAUCAACGGCGUUGGCGUGGGAGAGCCGGGCACGCCAUCAAAACACAUUCAAACCCAAGCAGCAGUUCCCAAGGUGGCGCCGGUUAAUGUGAGCGGCGGCGGAGGAGCUCGGGGGGAACUCGUCAUCACGUGGGAGCCCGUUCCAGAGGAGCAGCAGAGCGCCGAAGGCUUCGGCUACGUCGUGGCUUUCCGUCCACUUGGCAGCAGCACGUGGAUCCAGACGGUGCUGGCGUCCCCGGAUGCGUCGCGAUAUACUUACAGGAACGAGAGCAUCGCACCCCUGUCCCAGUUCGAGGUGAAAGUGGGAGUUUACAACAGCAUGGGAGAGGGUCCGUUCAGCCUCGCCGUCACAGUGCUCUCCGCAGAGGAAGAACCCUCCGAGGCGCCGUCGAGAGUUCGGGCCCGCGCUCUGUCAGCCUCUGUGAUCGAAGUGUACUGGGAACCAGUUCCCAGCGAGUCGGGCAGCGGGAAGGUCCUCGCGUACCAGGUCCUCUUCUGGGAGGAAGGAUCUGAACAGAGUGAGGCCGAGAGCUUGAGGGUUGUCGGCACCACGGCUCUGCUGUCUGGCUUAAAGGGCAGCACGGCCUAUGUGAUCUCAGUCAGAGCCCAGAACAGCGCUGGACUCGGACCCUGCAGCCCUGCUUUCAACUACACAACCAAGAAACCACCUCCGAGGCAGCCUCCAGCGAACAUCGAGUGGAACCUGACCAACUCGAAGAUCUUCCUGAAUUGGGAACACGUCAAGGCAACGGAAAACGAGUCUGAGGUGACAGGAUACAAGGUCCUGUAUCGGCAGAACUGGCCCGGCAGGACCACCUCACUGGAAACCAACAAGACCAGCGUGGAGCUGCAAAUCCCCUCCGGCGAGGACUACCUCAUUGAGAUCAAAGCUCUGACGGACGGGGGCGAAGGCACCAGCAGCGGUCCCAUCCGCAUCCCAAAGAUGUCCAGUCUUAACUCUGAAGGGUGUCUGUGUCCAGUUUCCACCAGGAUUAUCCAUUUUAUUCUGUUUUUUUGUAUUUUCUUGUUCAUUUUUUGAGCUUCUAAUGCUUUUCCAUCCUGCCCUGGAAACGAUUCUAGUCAUGAUUCUCUUCUACAUAUCUGAUCUAUGGAGGACGAAGAUAACCACCCAGUUUCUAAACCACUGGUUUGCAAACCAUAACUGGAUGAUGGCAGCGCUCUGACAGGUUAUCAAAUGUCCAUAAAUAUGUGGCUGGAGUGGUUCUCGGAACGGUUACAAAACCUUCUCCAUCUGCCUAUUUUCAGGACCACUGCAGUCCUCCAGGAUGGACAAGUUUGAUAAACAUGGAAAGAUGAAUUUCUUAUCUCGUAUUUUAAGCGUCACAGUGUCACAUCCGUCCCUCUUAUCCCAUUUCACCUCCGGUUUCCACAUGUUUUACCUCAACUUCAAAGUCAUUUCUUAGUGUGACCUCAAUGAAUAUUACAGAAACAAAAAAGGUGCAAGUUUAAUUUACUUGAUAUUAUUAUACUUAUACCAUUAUUCUUUGGGGAGCUCGAGUUCAAAUUACGCCGCAAAAGUAAAAGAAAUAACUUUUCCUUCCCUCAACGCUAACCAUAGCUAAGCUAAUUGACUCCCAGCCCCAUAGUUCAAUGGGUGGUUUGGAUUUUUUUGGAGCAGGUGUAUGCGGUCCUUGUCCAAAGUUACUGACGCUUAUACACAGACAGAAGUUCUGCCGUGAAUUAGGCCGACCACAAAACGUAUCUUCCACAAUUAAAAUAAAUCCCAUCACUUUAGUGAGUGAUUUAUUUCGUAGAUCAUCGCUUUGUGUGUGACGGCGGAUAAAGUGAGAAACUGCAGCCGUUAUCUGAGCUCUUUUCAAAGCCAAAUUGUACCCAACAUUGGGUAAAAUGUGAAGGUCUUCCACUGCUUUGAUUAGUUUGUUUGUCUUAUUGUGGGAAUUGAUCUAAAACUCACACAAACUUACUGAUCAAUGCAGCGAUAAACCUGCAACAUGCGCUUGAGGGUAAAAUUGCUCUGUUGGCUGCAGUAAUCUGCUGGCAUAGAGCGCAAAGAUAACGGCUUCAGCUCCCUGUCGGGAAGUGCCAUCUGAGGUGUGGAGAUACAGGAAUACAUUCUCUCAUCUACCUCUCAACAAUGAAAGGAUUAAGCAUACAUCCCAACAUGUCAGGUACGCAGGUGUGGGAGUACCCGGGAGAAACGGUGCAUGUUGGUAAAAAUCCUUUUUCAUCCCACAUGCGUCAUAACUAUGGAAUUAUUUCUGUAAAUAAUUUCUGCAUGUGUGUGUUAUGUGCGUGGAGCUUAACUCCACACCAUCCUCUUCCAUUAGCUCUAAAAAGCAUCAACAGCUCCUGAAACAAGGCAACAGCCCUCCACUACUUUAGCCGUGUGACAUCACGGUGGACCGUUUUUAAGACCACCGAAUACCGCAAAUCAAUGUGUUAGUGCACAACGAUGUCCCUGCUAGUUCAUUGAGGUUGUCGCUGAUUGUUCAGCUGAGCAUCUGUGACCACAAUCAACUUUCCGUGUUUCAUUUUGCACGAGACAAUUAAAGGUCACACGUGUAACCGGCGGUGACCAGCAGUCAUUAUAAGAGACAUUUUUAAUCAAUACUUGUAAUACUUCCCUCAGUUCAUCUACAGAAUUCAGGACAGGCGUGAAUGUUUUGAGUGUUGAUUUUAUGCAAGAACAAUUCCACGCUGCUCUUUGUUUAUCGGAAACAGAUGAGAUGAUUCUUUACAAAGCUUUAUUCUUUAAAUCUGCUUUCCAUCACUCCCGUGUUGCUAUUGUUUGAGCAACACGGCAGGCGUACCAGAUAUAGAUUAAAUGUGAUUUGCUGCUAUUUUGUUUGUGAAAUUGUAUUUUGUGUAACUUGGUGAGAAGAGAGAGUACGGAAGUGAAAAGUAACACCUAGCAGUCAUUUUAUCCCUAAAGCUAAAAGAGAAGUACGUCUAGAAGUGUUUCUCCGAAUCCUCCAUAAGCAAGUGAAUACAUUCAGAAAGUGUAACUGCAUCUAAACUAGUUGCAACAUCAACAGGAUAUUUUUGGAAAUCCACAUGUCGUAUUCAUCUCACAAUGGGACAUCAUAAUAUAAAACAUUGAAUGAUUCGAGAUAAUUGAUGCGUGAUGAAGAACAUCAUUUGCAUUACAACAUUAUUUCGUGCAUUUCAAGAUGCAUACCUUUGAUGCGGAAUGACAAAGCUCACCUCCAUGAAACACGCUACUGACUGAUGAAAAGAAUAAGAGAGAAGCUGUUGUUCAUGUUUUUAUGAUGAAAUGUAAAGAUGUGCUACUGUAAUAUUUUAGAUUUGUUUGCCUUUUCACAAUGUUACAGCCCGGUCACAUUAACAUUAAAAGAUCUACUUUAUAUCAUGUGACGUCGAGCUUGAGCUAUAAAACGCUCUUUAACUAACUUUAACCCUGACCAAGUGGUUUUGUUGCCUUAACCGUUUGACGGCGUCACCUAAAAUGCUGCCGGGGAGCAUCUCGCAGCGCCGAUCACAUUAACCGGGAACAAUUCAUGACAUUAGUCACACGUUAUGUGUGACUGUUUCACUACAGUAACCACUCGUUACAAACAUCACAGCGUUAAUCAGGGUCACAGUGUCACCGCCGUCUGUUACACAAGCGUUACCCCGCGUGGUCAUUUAAACAACGCGGACCACGUGUUACGUUUAAUGCGUCGCUUUUACUCUUUCAACUUUAUCCAACGCUGACUUACAACGUUAAUCUCGGGAAGCGUUGACCACGACUUUUUCACUACAUCACACGUGUUUUAUUGGUGACCGCGACGGUUUCACAACGUCACUCACGUGUUGCAACCAUGUCAAUGUAAAUCCUUAACAAUUAUCUGUUUAAUGCAAUCAACGCUAUAUAUGUUUAUUGUUGCUGGAAUAUUUGCUGUCUGAGACUCGUAUCUAUGUUUUUCUUUCCCACUUUGAUUCAUUUGCCUCUUUAACUGAUUUUGCAAUCUGUUACUUCAGUAAUGUAAUACCAUUGUAUUAGUGUAAUAAGAUAUCUCUGUGAGAUGGCAAGAAGACUCAAUAAAUCCUUCAAAUUGAAACCCUUUAA